AUGAUUAUUUAUUUGUUAUUUUGUGUCGCUCACACUACUCUUAUAUCACAAUCAUAUUCGAUUAAAAAACAAGAACAAGCAGUCGUUCAUCUGUCCAUCAUUAAGCAAUUCACAACAAAUUAUUAAUUUGGGAACCUCAAUUUCAAUCUUAGCAUAUAAGCCAAUCACCCUUACACAUUACUUUACAUUCCAGAUUCCUCCUCCUACGAGUAUCAUUGUGUUGCUGUUUUAAAAUUAAACUACUAGGAUUGCCUUAAAGAAACCAUAUUUAUUGAAGAUGAUGAAUAUCAAUGCUAAUAGAUUGUCACUUCCCAUCUCAAACAAAACAUUUAUGGCAAUCAUUCCUAAUUGCCAUUUCUCAUUUGCGAUGGGUUUUAAAAUCUAACCAUUUCCAAUUUUCUAUACAAUGUCAUCAUCCAAAAACCUGAUACACUCAUCACUCCUGCAUUUCUUAUUUAUAAUAGAUAUAUUACUUCUUAAGAAGGGAUUUUGGUAGAUUUCUCAAUGAAUUUGUAGGUACUCUAAUUAGAGUUAUGAACAUAGUAUGAGACCAACAAGGCAGAUUAUGAAGCUGUUAUAAUUUUGGGCAUCAUUUUAGUGCUACUAUUAUUAAUCCUAUCCUUUAUUUUAUUUUUACUUUGUAAUAGGUAUAAAGAAAUCAAAAAGUAAAUUAAAUACUAAGACAAUGUUUAUAAAAAAAUUAAAGAAAAAGGUAAUUGA